AGCCACACACUGUUAUCGCUUGUUUCACAUCCCUAUAUUCAAGCAAACAAACAAAAUUUAAACUGAGAAAUUUGGCUGAUUUUGGGACAAUGGAGGAAUUGUGCAGGGUUUGCAUGGGAACGCCCACAGCAUACACAAACAUUUUUGAUGAGACACAAGAAUGGGACACCAGCAUUGCUGACAUGAUAUCGGAGUGCACAGGAUACGUGGUUAGGCGAGGGGAUUCACUACCAGAAAACAUAUGUCCGCCCUGCCUGGAGGAUGCAGUGAGUGCAUUCAAUCUCAAGAAAAUCUGCGAACAGAGCCAUCAAUUCCAUUUCAAAUUCAUGGUGGAGGAUAGAGAAGAAGACAUCUUUGAUAAUGUGGAAGACGAUGAAUGGGAACCGACGGAUAGUGGAAAUGAGCAGUCAAACCAUUUUAAAACCGAUGUAAAGAUACAUCAAAAUGGUACCGACAAAGCGGAUCAUCUAGAACGACCCUACAAAUGUCCCGACUGUCAAAAAUGCUUUAAAAAAAAUUUCCAACUCAACAGACACAUUCGGACACACUCGAAGGAGCGACUGCAUAAGUGUACUCAAUGCUCGAAGUCAUAUACACGAAAAGACAAACUCAAUAUACACCUCCGUUCUCACACUGGGGAAAGACCGUACAAGUGUACUCAGUGCUCGAUGUCAUAUAAUCGAAAAGACAAACUCAAGUUACACAUCAGUUCUCACACUGGGGAAAGACGGUACAAGUGUACUCAGUGCUCGAAGUCAUAUGAACAAAAAUGCAAACUUAUUAUACAUCUCCGUACUCACACUGGGGAAAGGCCGUACAAGUGUACUGACUGCUCGAAUUCAUAUAACCAAAAAUACAAACUCAAUAUACAUCUCCGUUCUCACACUGGGGAAAGGCCGUACAAGUGUACUGACUGCUCCGAGGCCUUUGCUAGAAUUUUCCAUCUUAGAGUCCACCAAACGGAAUUCCACACAAAGGAAUUUAAACAAGAGGAAACUCUAAACUCUGAAAUCUUCACAUGCCCUUACUGCUCUAAAGCCUUCCCAUACGAAUGCAAUCUUCAAAGCCACAUCCGUACGCACACGGGUGAACGACCCUACCAAUGCUCUCACUGCUCAAAAUCAUUUAACCAGCCAGGAACUCUAAAGAUUCACAUCCGCACGCACACUGGUGAGCGACCCUACAAAUGCACCGAUUGCCCAAAGUCAUUUACAACAAUAUACUGUUUUAAAGUUCACGCCCGUACGCACACGGGUGAACGACCCUACCAAUGCUCUCACUGCUCAAAAUCAUUUAGCCUGCCAGGAACUCUAAAGCUUCACAUCCGCACGCACACUGGUGAGAGACCCUACAAAUGCAACGAUUGCCCAAAGUCAUUCGCCAAAAUAGCCAGUCUUAAAUAUCACGCCCGUACGCACACUGGUGAGCGACCCUAUAAAUGCAGCGAUUGCCUAAAGUCAUUCAUGGCAAUAGGCAGUCUUAAAAUUCACGCCCGUACGCACACGGGUGAACGACCCUACCAAUGCUCUCACUGCUCAAAGUCAUUUAACCAGCCAGGAAGUCUAAAGAUUCACAUCCGCACGCACACUGGUGAGCGACCCUACAAAUGCACCGAUUGCCCAAAGUCAUUCACAACAAAAUCCUGUCUUAAUAUGCACACCCGUACGCACACCGACCCUACCACUGCUCUCAAUGCAAUACGACAUACCAACGAUUAGUUAAUCUCAAAACCCACAUAUUACGUGCUCACACUGGCAAUAAUCAAUUGGAAUGAUGUUAACGGGAUAUAAAAAACAAAAUUAUUUGUAACUGAUACGUUAUAGAAACAAAUUUCGAUUAAAUGUAAUGUUUUUAAUGAAUUAAGACGUGAUGGCAUAGAAUCACCUAGCGAUUCUGGGGCGGAUGGAUUGAUAUUCGUCCUACCCCCAUUUUCAGCUACAUUAACAUUGCUUAUAUUAAAAUACGCAAAACGCACAUAUAAAUAUUUUUAAUUUAAUUUUAAUGAACAAUUUUUAGGUAUAAAUAAAUUCACAAUAAA